UUUCAAUCAAUGAAAAGAACAAGUACAUACUAGGCGAAUAGACCUAGAAAGAUGUAUAGCUCCUAGCUUGAGUUAUUGAGGAUCCAAAAUACACAUCUUACCUAGACGGCGAACUUAGUCGUUGAUCAGCCCUGAAGUGUGUUUUUCCAAACAACAACCAAUCAUAUACCGCUCCUUGACUUGCUUUCAUUGGAACCUGUCCCUAUCAAAUCCAAAUCUUCACAUUCUGAUUUGACCAGUUUCACGUGACCUAGAUUUGAAGUACGCGUGAAGCUCGCCGCCUAGCUGGGCCGGAGUUUGGUAUCAACAUAAACGCAACCAAACACAUUUGCCCGCAACGCAUCCCUGAUACUAAAAUCGGUCCGGCAUCUUCCUACAAAUAUCAGAUCUCUCUUCUUAGUACAAGCAUCCUCAACGCAAGAUGUCAGACCCAGAGCGCGAGAAUGCACUCUCCUCCUUCAAGACGAAGCUCCUGGAAAGCCGUGAGUGGGAAUCGAAGCUGAAGUCAUUACGGUUAGACAUCAAAGGACUGCAGAAAGACUUUGAUCAUACGGAGGACAACAUCAAGGCACUUCAGAGUGUUGGGCAGAUCAUUGGGGAAGUGCUGAAACAACUUGAUGAUGAGAGAUUCAUCGUGAAAGCUUCCUCGGGUCCUCGAUAUGUCGUUGGAUGUAGAUCGAAGGUUGACAAGGCUUCGUUGAAGCAAGGAACCCGAGUUGCGCUGGAUAUGACCACCCUCACAAUCAUGCGAAUGUUACCUCGAGAAGUCGACCCGCUUGUGUAUAACAUGUCUUUGGAGGAUCCAGGCCAGGUCAGCUUUGGCGGAAUCGGUGGACUGAACGACCAGAUCAGAGAAUUGCGAGAAGUUAUUGAGCUACCUCUAAAGAACCCUGAGCUCUUCCUGAGAGUCGGCAUCAAGCCUCCAAAAGGUGUUCUGCUCUAUGGACCUCCUGGAACCGGAAAGACAUUACUGGCCAGAGCUGUAGCUAGCAGUUUGGAGACAAACUUUUUGAAGGUUGUGUCUUCUGCUAUCGUUGACAAGUAUAUCGGAGAGUCUGCGCGUUUGAUCAGAGAAAUGUUCGGAUACGCCAAGGAACACGAGCCCUGCAUUAUCUUCAUGGACGAAAUCGACGCUAUCGGAGGACGAAGAUUCUCGGAAGGCACUUCAGCAGAUCGUGAGAUCCAACGUACAUUGAUGGAACUCUUGAAUCAACUUGAUGGUUUCGACUACCUGGGCAAGACUAAGAUCAUCAUGGCUACAAAUCGACCGGAUACCCUCGACCCAGCCCUCCUCCGUGCAGGACGAUUAGACAGGAAAAUCGAGAUCCCACUCCCCAAUGAGGUUGGACGUCUGGAGAUCAUGAAGAUUCAUGCUGCGGGUGUUGUUACGGAGGGCGAUGUUGAUUUUGAGAGCGUGGUCAAGAUGAGUGACGGGCUCAAUGGGGCGGAUUUGCGAAACGUCGUCACGGAAGCCGGCCUCUUCGCCAUCAAGGAUUAUCGAGAUGCAGUUAACCAAGACGAUUUCAACAAGGCAGUACGGAAGGUGGCAGAGUCGAAGAAGUUGGAGGGCAAGCUGGAGUACCAAAAGCUCUAGACGUGGUCAUCAUU